CAUACAUAUCUAUCUAUCGCUGAGCCAGAUAACAGCUGAGCAGAUACAUCGAUUUAACUAACUUACAAUAGGUUCAAGAAAGGAACAUGGCAUGGCAUUGCAGUGGAACUACAAACCAAGAAAUGGUGAUGAAGUUAAAAGAAGCAGGUAUUCUGUCGUCAGACAGAGCAGAGGCAUCGAUGCUAGCUGUAGACAGGGGGAGAUAUUGCCAUGAACCAGAACCAUAUAUUGAUCGUCCAAGAAGAAUCGGAUUCAAUGUAACAAUUAGUGCUCCCCACAUGCACGCCUAUGCCUUGUCUAUUCUGUCUGAUCAGUUAUUCGAUGGAGCCAAAGCAAUGGAUGUUGGAUCUGGGUCUGGUUACUUGACAGCUUGUAUGGCAUACAUGGUAGGCUCGCGUGGCCGUGUGAUCGGUAUCGAUCAUAUACCCGAACUGAUAGAACUCUCCAUAAAAAAUGUACGCGAGGAUUGUCCUCAUUUCAUCAAAGAAGGCCGUGUUAAUUUCAUUGUGGGAGACGGUAGAUUGGGACAACCUGCUGAUGGCCCUUACAACGCGAUACACGUUGGAGCAGCAGCUGAAACUUUACCUCAGCAGUUAAUAGACCAGCUAGCUCCUGGGGGACGACUAAUUUGUCCGGUAGUUUCCAUAGAAGGUUUCCAAAGGUUUCAAGAUCUCCUUCAAGUGGACAAGAAUGCCGAUGGCACGGUCACGAAGAAGAAGCUGAUGCAAGUUUCUUAUGUACCUCUAACCGAUCCGGCUACACAAUUGCAUAAAGAUUGAUGUACCAUUUUAAAGAUUUAGAAAUUGUUUAGGAAAUUCUUAACAGUCGUCGAUAAUGGCAAUGAUCGACGAAAUUCAAAUGAAAUCAUUUUUUUUCUUUCG